GAUUGUAUCAAUUGUGAAAUGUAACUGAAUGUGUCAGAAUAUCGUAGCAGAUGAAACCACAAAACCAACAGCUAUAAAAAUACCGCUGGCAAUUUUGAAUUUUCUCAACCUUAUCUCGGUUCCGCAGUGACAUAGUAAGGGCGCUCUCUAUACGAAGAUUCAAAAUGAAAGAAGAAGUGAAAACGAGGAGGAUAACUUUCACAUGAAAUAAGGUCAGAGCAAGGCGACAUUAAAUAGAAGAUGGGCAAGAAAAGCACGACUGCGCUCAUGAUUUUUCUUUUUGGUGUGGCUUCAGCUGCCGCAAACACUCUGGAUGUGUGUGCGAGCUGCCACAUUAACGCCACAUGUGAUGACAAACUUGAUGACUCGGGAAAAGUUUGCAACUGCAAGUAUGGUUUUGUAGGAAAUGGAAGAAGCUUUUGUCAAGAUAAAGAUGAGUGUCAGAUAGGAGCCACUAAGAUCUGUGGGCAGCACACAAAAUGCCACAAUACAUACGGUAGCUACUACUGCACCUGUGUGGCGGGAUACAUGGCUUCCAAUAACAUGCCAGUCUUCAUUCCAAAUGAUGGAACCCAUUGCCGGGACAUAGAUGAGUGCAACGUGGUGGGCAUUUGUGGAGAAGGAGGUCAGUGCUGGAACCUGGAUGGAAGUUUUGACUGCAGCUGUCAGCUGGGAUAUCAAGUCCGCAAUGGGACAGAACACUUUCACCCUCACAAAGACAAGGCUUUCUGUCAAGUGGUGGACUGUGGUCUGCCAACAUCGCAGGAGGACACGAUACUGCUGUCAGCAACAGGGACGACAUUUGGCAGCGUGGCUACAUUUGAGUGUGGCGAGGGCUUUCGUUGGAGGAACGGAAGGAAUACCUCGCUGUGUGGGGCUGACGGACUUUGGCGUGGGCUCAACAUGAGCUGUGAAGAGAUAUCGUGUGGAAAACCCCAUACAGUGCCACACACUGGACAUGUGUGGAAUGGCACUUCCACCCCUGGAAGCAUGGUAAACUACUAUUGUAAUCAAGGAUAUAUUCACAUUGAGGGCAGUGCAGUAUCACUGUGCUCAUCUACUGGUACAUGGACGAAGCCAAAUAUUUCAUGCAAAGAAGUUGACUGUGGCUCUCCUCCUGACAUCUCUCAUUCACUCCUGUUAUGGGAUCACAUCUCCACUGUGGGCUCUCAGGUUGCUUAUCAGUGUCAAUCUGGAUAUUACAGUGUUGGAGAAAUAAAUCAAACAGUAUGUACUGACACUGGGAAAUGGGACAAGCCCUCUCUGCACUGUCAAGAAAUAAGAUGUCAGGAGCCUGUUUUGAAACCGCACAGUAAAAGGCUGUGGAAUGGCACAUCACAUGUUGGCAGUAUGGUUAUUUACCAAUGUGAUGAAGGAUAUGACACAAGGAGUGUGAGGAACUUCUCAAUAUGUGGACAGAACGGACUGUGGGAAGAAAUUGAUCUUUGGUGUGAAGAAAUAACAUGUGGGCCCCCACAAACCCUCCCCCAUACUAACCUCCUGUGGAAUGGUUCCGUUAGUCCUGGCAGCGUUGCGCUAUAUGAAUGUAUGGAAGGAUAUUACCAGGAGAAUGGAGAUAAUAUUUCCACAUGUCUAACAUCAGGCGAGUGGGCGAAUGUAUCAUUAAAUUGCAAAGCAAAAUGUGGUCCAAUCCCCAUCCUUGCCCACUCAGAGGUUGUAUUGCGUAACAUAAGUGUAGUGAUCCAUCGCUGUGCGAACGGCUACCACAGCUGGAGGGGCAGCAAUGUCUCCACAUGCAGCAGUUCUGGUGUGUGGCGGAUCGCUACGCUCAAAUGCAUAGAAACCAAGCCACCCAUCCAUCACCUAUUUGUUUCAAAUGAAAAAUGUCUGAAAUGGAGAGCAGAGAAGUAUGACGAAGACACAGAAACGUACAAGGUGAGCUACAUAGGAUCCAGAGACUAUGAGAGGGCGUUUUUUGAAAAAAGGAAAAGGUUUCUGAGUUCUAAGGCAGACUGGCCGGAGGUCUGUCUCAGCCUGCUUCCAGCCACAAACUACAGCAUCUCUAUCACUGCACUGUCUGUCGGAUUCAUGGCCACCAUCACUAUUAAUACCAGUUUAACAGGACCUGCAGUACCAGAUGUCCAUUACAGAGAAUAUGAGACUCCUGUACCAACUCUGAAGCUUCACAGAUCACCCAGUACUCUUGACCCAAUAAGUUUUUACCAAGUGUUCGUACUUCCUAUCGAAGGAGUUAUGGUGUUUGACUGUUCCUCGCCUGUGGAUGGAGAGAAAAGUGGUUCCUCACAGGGACACAUCGCAGCUGAAAUGCGUAGUAGAGAUGUUGGAACAGAGUUUAAUUUCACUGUGGGAGACGGUCACUAUUAUGGUGGCUUUUUCAAUGCGCCCCUCGAGAAAGGCAGAAACUACUACAUCAUCUUACGUGCUGUCAGUCAGUGGAAAAAGGAUUCAAAAAGUUCCUGUGUCCCCUGGGCUAAAGUUACAGGCACAUCCUACAUUGUGAAGAUUUUCUCGUUGUGUGCUGCUGCCUCAGUAGGAGUAAUCGCUUUAGCAGUUUUGCUUGGAUACACCUACAUUUGGUUUUUCAAGAAAAAAUGACUAUAAAUACUUCAAUAAAUGGAGUGCUAUUCAGUAUGUUGAAAACAAGAGAAAAUAUGUAUUUUUUUUAUUCGCUUGUAACAUUGUAUUGAUGUUGCUUUUCAUCCAUGUUCGCAUGCAAGGACGGUGGAUUUCAACUGUUAAUUGUCUAUCGUAGAAUUCAAUGUCUGUCAUGCACUUCUUUAAUCUGUAUAUUUUAAAUACGCAUUUACCAGUGACAGUCUUAAGGUAUUUUUUUGGAAAGGCAUUUCAUUUCAUUGAUGACGAUUUAAAUAAAGAAAUCUUGGAGAGACAAUGACAA